AUGGCUUCCGGAUAUGGUCUUGCUGGUGGCCCCUCCCGCUGCUUCCCCUUCUGGCAAGAAGUCCUCGCCUGCUACGUAACAAACACAAACGCCGAAGACGACUCCGGGAAGAGGAAAUGCGUGCCCGUCCUCGAGGACUACUACGAGUGUCUGCACCACAAGAAAGAAGCAGCACGCACCCUCGCCCUCCAAGCCGCAUACCGCAAGGCCGAAGCAAACAUCAAGCGCGACGACGCGCCGUCGGCGGGCGAAAUCCGCCGCCUGGGUAUCUUGGAUGCGCCGCUCGAGGAGAAACAUCUUAAGGCUAGCAAGUGGUUUCCGCAUAAGGAGAUUAACUGAGGAUGGGAUGGGAUAUGCUAAGGGAUGGGGGGUUUUAGAUGGGUGCUAGGGUGGGGGAAUGCAAAUGCAAAUGCGAAUGAAAGUUAUAUGUUAUGCUGUUUUGUUUUGGUUUUUGUUCCUUGCUCGUGGAUGAGGUUAUGUGGUGUGAUGUUGGUGUGGAUGUGGGUGAGAGGACUGAUUGAUAGGAGCGCAUGUGGGACAUCACCGUAACAAGAAUACAGCGGACAUUUGUAUGAGCAGACUACUACAUCUGUACAAGAAAACAAC